CGCAGCUUUAAAGGAUUCUUGUCAAGAUGACGAUGAAAACAUCCUUACUGUGUCUGCUGGUUCUGACAUCACUGCUGUGCUGCAAGACUCACCAAGCUGCUCUGACUGUGAGUCCCAGCAGAUUUCAGUUCUUUGAAGGAGCAUCUGUGUCUCUGAGCUGUGAGGAGGACAACAGCUCUGCUGGGUGGACUGUGAGGAGAGAGACAAUCUACAGAAACUCUACCUGUGGAGAAGGAUGGGGAGAAGUAGAAGGUUCUGUUUGCAACAUUACAUAUGUUUUAAAGAAGGACAGUGGAGUUUACUGGUGUGAGUCCAGAGAGGGAGCAGCCAGCAGCAGCAUCCAGCUCACUGUCACUGGUGGAUCAGUGAUCCUGCAGAGUCCUGUCCUCCCUGUGAUGGAGGGAGAUGACGUCACUCUGAGCUGUAAAAAUAAGACCGGUCCCUCCAACCUCCCAGCUGCUUUCUUUAAAGAUGGCGUCUUCAUCGGCAAUGAAACUUCAGGCGUCAUGACCCUCCACCAUGUGACCAGCUCUGAUGAAGGCCUCUACAGGUGUAGCAUCAGCGAUCAUGGAGAGUCUCCAUCCAGCAGGAUCUCUGUCUCAGGUAAACCUCCAGUAACCACGUCAGCCUCCAGCACCAAGGUCUCCUCCAAAGCCCCGCCUCCUGCCUCCAACCCUUUUCGGUUGUUGUUACUGGUGUUCCGACGCCUGCUGGUGUUCUCUCCUUACUUGAUCUCCACUCUGCUCUUGGGUUCUUUAUGGCGACGCAGGUCUUCAGCAUCCAGCAACACUGUCUCUGAAGGAGAGCCUCAUUCUGCCCAAUAACUGGAAGAUGAGGCUGAAGAUGCUACCAAGGAGCAUCACCUGGAGGUGGAUGCAAGACUCAGAAAAUGACAGCAAAACACUCCAGACCGCAAGAGUGGGGGAAACAACAGGAAGGAGAAAAUGAGGGAUAACAAAAUGGAGAACAAAAGGGACUUUUAAGUUUUAGACGCACAUUGUGUAGUCCUUUUGGGCAGCUUUAUUGGUAUUUUUUUACUGUUA